UCACAGGCAAUGGAUGUCAUGAAUCAGACUAUUGUCACUGAAGUUCUUCUUCUUGGAUUCCAGAAUAUUCCCAGUUAUAAGACAAUGUUUUUGUCUUUUCUUAUUGUUUUCCCUAUUAUGACUGUAUGUGGAAAUAUUCUGAUUAUUUGGUUGGUGGCAUCUAACAGCAGCCUCCAGUCUCCCAUGUACUUCUUCCUAACACAACUGUCAAUUUCUGAUUUACUUGUAACCACAGUUAUUGUUCCAAAUUCCCUUUAUAUGGCAUAUAAUGGAGGCACUAUGUCUCUUUCAGGCUGCAUUGUUCAGUUUUAUUUUUUUGGCUGCUCUGAAACCACUGAGUGUGUCCUCCUCUCAAUAAUGGGUUAUGACAGAUAUCUGGCCAUCUGUAACCCUCUGAGUUAUAGCUCUUUAAUGAACCCUAUGGUAUGCAUUACAUUGGUUAUCAUCUCUUGGUUGUUAAGCUUAUCCCUGGAAUUGAUUGUACUAAUAUCAACAUUGUUUCUUCAGUUUUGUGGUCCAAAUGUUAUUGACCAUUUUUUCUGUGAUCUUGUCCCACUAUUAAAACUUUCUUGUUCAGACACAAUUUAUAUUGAAAUGGAAGUUCUCAUAAUAAGUGUUCCAGUUAUAUUUACUCCACUUGUAAGUAUUGCGGUUUUUUAUGUGUAUAUUGUCCAGGCUGCCCUUCGGAUCUCCACCACAAGUGGAAGAUCAAAAGUCUUCUCCACUUGCAGUUCCCACCUGCUUGUGGUUUCUAUAUUCUAUGGCACACUAACUGGAAUUUAUAUGCUUCCAACUAAACAGAAAUCUAUGACUGUCAACAAAAUAUUAUCCUUGUUAUACACUGUGGUGACUCCUAUGAUAAACCCUAUCAUAUACAGUUUGAGAAAUAGAGACAUCAAAGAAGCUUUGAAAAAAAUAAGUUGCUUGUAG